AACUCCAUUUUAGGAAUAGGAACGAGCGCCUUUCCCGAACCAGAAGCGGAAAGUACUCUGUAAAUUAACGCGAACCUCUAGAAAAAUCUGCUUCUCCGCCGCGCGUCCGAAUUCAAACGAUAGCCGGAGAUGAUGAACGGCGGCGGACAAGAAGAAGAGAAGGGAUUGCUUUGGAAGUUACCGGCGGUUAAGUCCAAGGAUCUCGGCAAGCUUGGCCCCGGUUUCGGACUCGGUAUCGGGUGCGGGCUCGGGUUCGGCGUCGGUCUCAUCGGAGGGGCGGGGAUUGGUCCGGGGAUUCCUGGGCUGCAGAUCGGGUUUGGAUUGGGAGCCGGGUGUGGUGUUGGAUUAGGGUUUGGGUACGCUGUCGGGCGGGGCGUUGCUUAUGAUGACAAACGCAGACACUCUAAUGUCGGCCGGAUUUUCAAUCGCAAUGGCAAUCUUCCUACUCAGUAUGAGAUUGAUACCCUCUUCGAUGAUCUCAUCAAGAACACGAAGAACUUGGUCAGGGAGACUUCUCAGGAGCUCGACAAAUGGCGAAGACGACGCCCGUAGCAAAGGAAGCAUUUGAUUUGGUAUCAAUUCUAAUGGGUUUCACUCUGUAACUAGAUGUGAAUUUCCUUUGCUAUCAAAGGUUGUUAAGAUAUAGGUAUUGUUUGGGAGCUGGUUGUGUUAGACUUUAGCUACUUUCAGCGGAUAUAAUAAUUGAAUUAUUCGAGUAUAUAAAUUUCUGUUGAGACG